CGCCGAGAGGUUCAGGGCAGAGAGAGAGAAAGACUUCAAGGGUAGGAGGGAGAGAGAGAGAGACAAGAGGAGGCGAGGGAAGGGUAGAGUACGCCAAGAAGGGAUGGUUGGAGCACCAAGGGGAGUUUGAGAUGGUUUCUCUUUCGACGUGGUUGCGGUACAUAGCCCACAAGUUCGAGUACUCCGUCUCCUUCAGCUGGCAGAACUACAAAGUUGGUCAAAUUACAGAGAAGCAGGUAAGCGACUCUGUAUGGAAGAAUCUACUACAAGGCAGGUUGACUUACCUGCACUUGAACAGAGGAGAGCAGAUGGCACCUACCAUACCAGGUCAAAGCGGAGCCCUUCUUGUGCGUAAACUACCAGCCGUUGAUCCAACGCGUGUUUUUGUUGGAGAUGUUGUUGUUGUAAGGGACCCUGAGAAGUCCGGUCACUACCUUGUUAGAAGGUUGUCUGCGAUUGAAGGGUAUGAGAUGGUGUCUAAAGACGAAAAGGAAACGCCAUUCAUACUAGAUAAGGAUGAAUGCUGGGUAUUAGCAGAUAAUGAAGCCUUAAACCCAAAGGAAGCCCAUGACAGCCGUACUUUUGGACCUGUUCGUAUAGGCGACAUUGUGGGCAGAGUCAUAUAUUACAUGCAAACAGCUGUUGAUCAUGGUCCUGUACAGAACAGUCAUUUUGGAAUGCAAAAAGAUUCCCCAGUCUUGGCUGUGGAGUUGGAUGUUGAUGAGAUGGCUAGAAGAAUGCCUAAAGAGUGACUGCCCUAUGGGGAAAAUUGAAUACAUUUUCUCUUCUCUGUACCACUAAAUUUGCUAUUGCAUGAGAUAUUUUAGGCAUAUUACAGGAGGUUAAACUGCGCCAUCAACUGAAGCAGGGAAGGCAUGAUGAAUGUAAAGCAGCCACGGGAAAGUAGUCUUUUUAGCUGCAUUGACUAAAAUCUGUUGUCUUGAUGUCGGCGAAUCUCCAAUAUGCUUGUCAAGUUGUCAACUAUUUUUCCGGAACAUGCAUUUACCAUGUGCCAUUAGUUGUGCAUGUGAAAGAACAAUGCAUGUAUAAGACAAUUUCAGUUUUGGUUGAAUUUUGUUGGAGGAUUGGCACGACUGCCACAUUGUGCUUGGAUUCUGUUCUUGAAGCUGUUACCGUGAUUGGUAGCAAGAUUUGAAUGCCUUGGCACUUACACUGCAGCGAGGCACAACUUAAGGUCUUUUGGAACGUUUGCAUUUUGUGUCCA